AUGGCUCGUACGAAGCAAACAGCCCGUAAAUCGACCGGAGGAAAGGCCCCAAGGAAACAGCUAGCAACCAAAGCUGCCCGUAAAAGCGCCCCAUCCACUGGUGGAGUGAAAAAGCCUCAUCGUUACAGGCCGGGAACUGUCGCCCUUCGAGAAAUCCGUCGUUAUCAAAAGUCGACAGAACUGUUGAUCAGAAAGCUUCCAUUUCAGCGUCUUGUACGUGAAAUUGCCCAGGACUUCAAGACGGAUCUUCGUUUCCAAAGUGCCGCUAUUGGUGCCCUUCAAGAAGCCGCAGAAGCUUACCUGGUUGGUCUAUUUGAAGACACAAACUUGUGUGCCAUCCACGCUAAGCGCGUGACCAUUAUGCCAAAGGAUAUUCAACUCGCUCGCCGGAUCAGGGGAGAACGUGCUUAAAUUAGCUCAUUAUCGCUGUACAUAUUGAAACUUUAAUGGAACAUAUCUAAAUGUAAGGAACCGAACUUGAUAUCUAUGAUGCAUGCACUAGUCGUCAGUAACUAAACUACUUUUCAUGUCGGUUAAAGUUCUCCUUUGCGUUCACUUUUCUCUCUGUAAUAGUUGCAUGAUUUUAGAAUUUUUUUGUUACCAAAAUCGUAAAUACAAAUCAUAAGUCAGUCAAUUUUAAGUUUUAUUACAUGUUGGCGCCGUCUUCGCUGUUGUAUGUCAGUCACUGGUUGGAACAAUAAUGGCGGGCGAAUAAGGAGUCUUUGUUCACUGAUAUUUCGUAUUUUCGCCGAAUCCACGGUGAUUGGGGAUUAACGGAAGACCGUGUUCUUUGGAUCUCUUUGUAAGAUAAGAUCUGGUAGCCGUUCGUUUUUAUUGACACUCUUGAGUAACGAUCUUGUAUGUAAUAUAUCCAUUUUUAACCUAACUUUAUUUAAGAGACAAUAAACUGGCUUUAAAAAGCUGUGUUCUACUCUUCUGUAUCACAAGUUGGCUUCUAGUAAUGUAGUGUGAUUUUACAUAGGGUUAACACAGGUUAUUUUUUUUUACUGAAACGUAACGAGAUGGAAUUUAAUGGACGGGCUUAAGUACACCAGCUGUACAAAGUACAUUUCAAUGGCAAAAUUUAGAAGCUAUGCUUUCUCCAAGUUAAUCAAAUCAAAUGUAAAGAGAAUUCCCUACCAAGUUUAGUUUUGAAUGCAAAUGGGACAAAUGUGCUUUAAUGUGUCUAAAACAACUCAAUGGGGAAGAACCACAGCUGGUAUCAUUCUUCCUGUGAACUUUAUCAACAGUAAUUCCCUAUCAGAUCAGUAAAGGACAUGCUCUUUGUUACCUUGUUCUGAUAACUUUUGACAAUUGAUGCCUUAGGCAAUGAACACUUUCCUCUCUUCUAGCUCCUAGGAGUGAUUCACUUGUAACUUCUUAUGAUAUCCUUCCAAAAUUUAGCUGGUAGGUGAAAGGGAACUCCAAUGUAUCAGGUACAGGUUAUCCUGAGUUAGCACCAAAUUAUUGCCACUAACUUACAAGGAAAUUUGGAGCAGCUAUAGGGGAGAAUAAACAAUUUGAUCCUGGGAGUUAAGGGUUAAGUUCUGACGAUUUCUUUUAAAGAUGUGGGUUAGACAUUCCUCGAAUGUGUUCGUAAUUAUUCGUCAUUCCUUCGGAAUGCUUCGGUUUUUCGAUACCAGGCUUCUUUGCGUACAUAGCAGAAACAAACAUGGCGUCCUCCAGGUUGAGUAAAUUCUGGUGUUCAACCUCUAAUCCAGUCUGUAAUGCCAUCAGUACUUUACGUAAAGUAAGAAUUCUUAUAUUUAUAGAGGCUACUUGAUGAGAGGAUCUCGCGAAAACUGUUCGGUUGUUAUUGAAUAAGUGUUAAAAUAUUGUUUGACCUUCUCUCUUUGCAUGCAGGUUACCGGUGUACCAAGCCGAUUUUACUCAUCAGAGGUAAAACAGACUGCCAACCUUUCUAAAAUCGCUAAAGCUGGUAGCUAAGGAAAAAACUGUUAAUCUUCCUGUUUAUGUUAGCUCUCUGUUUCCUCUACGGGUUCACUUGUUUCAGGUGCUUUUCAUUAUUGUGUUAGGUAUUUAAACAUGUUGUGCCGGGCAGUCUGAUAUUAAAAAUAUAGUCCUAGAGGAACACGCCAACCACCUCUCAAAAAAAAUGCAUUUGAAAUUCGUUAUAAGACAUUUUCAUUAAAGGAAAAGAAAUAUGUUUAUUUUUAUAAUUGUUUGGUGUUCAGGUCGUAGUUCUGUUCCACCCGAAUUUUUCCAGAAGAUUAAUGAACUGUGCAGUGAGUGAUCUCUGAGCUUCUUCGCUUGUGUUUCUUGUCAUUUAACUUUGCUAUUUCUCUACUAAUUUACACUAGAUGCAAAAGGUAACGCUUAUCCCUGGAGAUGGUAUAGGACCAGAAAUCUCUGAUGCUGUGAAAACUGUGUUUGCUGCUGCAAAGGUUGGAUAGGUUCUAUGUCAAAGAACCUUUCUAUUAAAUAAGUUAGCAUGAAAAUAUUAGAUAAUUCAUUUUAUUUAAAUGCAAAUAUCUUUUGAUGAUUUUAUCAUUUCAAGAGAUAUACCAGUUGCAUGAUGCCCCCUAUGUGUUAACCCUUAACUCCUAGAUGUGAUUAACAUCUAACUUCUCCCAACAAUAUCCAUACAUAGUCCAGCAAACAGGUAAUGAGAAUAUUCAAACAUAUCAAGUAGAAAUUGUUGUCUUGAUCUAACACCAAAUUCUUGUAACUAAUUUAAAAGGAAAUAUUAAUAGCUGAAGGGGAGAAUUGACCAUCAGAUCAUGGGAGUUAAAGGGUUAAAAAGAGGAAGGGGAUAAUACCAACACGUAUUUCAGGAUUUAAAAAAUCACAUGAUGGCUUGUGUAAAGAAGAUGGAAAUUAGGAGUUGUGCAUACUCAAUAUACUGCUUGGGGCCUGUGACAUCCUAUUAGAUUGAAUUUUUCUGCCUGAAAAACUCUCUUUUCAAUUGCUUCCCCACCCUCUUCUUUGUGCAUCAAAUGUUAGUUACAAAUUCUGUAAACUUAAGAUGGCAUGACAAGAUAACCACCCUUUCCUAGAAAUUUUUUAUCAUAAUUUUAAAUUUAAGGUAAAAUUACUUUCUUGAGCUUCAUUCAUAUAAAUUAUUUACAUACUUGACAAGUCAAACCAUUCAGUUCAAUUUGAAGCCAAAUCACUUGGUGCCAGUAGGUUCCUGUCUCACUCUUUUGGGUAGCUUAGCUCUAAACCUUUUCACUCCUAAAUGUCACUGAAAAGAAAUUUCUCCUAACAGUAUCAAUACAUUUCAAGCAGAAAGGUGAGGAGAAGAAAAAUAUAUCAAAUUCCAAAUUCUUAUAGCUAAAAUUUAAGAAAUGUCUGGCAGGUAGUGCAGAGCUUUUGUAAGAUCAAAGUUAGGCAUAAAGUUAGUCACCUCGUGGCACCCAAGUUGAAGUAGGACACAGCCCUGCAAUUUAUCUUUUUUUACGUAUAAUUCUAAUCAAAUUAGCAUCAAGGUUGAUGAACUAUUUUUCAGGUUCCCAUUGAAUGGGAAGAAGUCACAGUCACCCCAAUACUUCUCCCUGAUGGGAAGACUACAAUUCCAACAGUGGCAAUCAACUCUAUGAAUAAGAACAAGAUUGGUCUUAAAGGUUUGACUUCUUAUUAAUGACAUUUUGACUUCUUAUCAAUGAAGAUGUCACCCCAAACUCAUCCACUGUUAUAAUUAAAUGAUAUUGUCAGGAUUUAUUAUCACAUUGGAUUAUUAGGUGAUAGGUUUUUUAGUUUAUUACUCUCCAAUUCAGAUUUAUUUUUCUGUGUUUUAGAAUAUAAUAAUUAGUAGAAAUCAAGGUAAAUUGAAGAUAUAAGAGACUUGAAAAGCAAGCCCUUGAUUGAAGAAUGUUUACAGGAUCCUUUACAUCUUCAUCUUCUUAAUAAGUGUGCAAUGCCUGAUAACAGCCAGAUUUUAUGAGAAUCUGUAUUGUAAGUGGAGUUGGGUGCUAGUUUUGCAUGGGAUCCAAUGCUGUUGGAAUAACAGAUCAGGCCAACAAGUUCUUACAGUCUAUAAUGCUCAUUGAACAUGAGUCUAUUUGAGAAAUUACCUUAACGUAUUAGAAUAAGUUUGGACAUAAGCCAGGAUAAUUAUGUUCAGUACAUAUAAUUGAAGUGUUACUGCCAAUCUUUCUAUGUGCAAUAACUAAAUAUAAAUUAAAGUAAACACAUUUUUACUUGUACUCCUUGCUUUAGCAUGGUCAGUGUGGCUUUUCUUUUCUGUUAAAAGUUCCUUUUAGGAAAGGUUUUGUAAUGGUGCAAUAAGGCUUUGUAAAAACAGUAGUUGCUAAAGACAAGUUUGUCUUUCCAAAAUUGUAACCUGGGAGGCUUAUUUGUAUGCCACAGCAUUACAGGAUACAUUUUUCACAGCUCAACGUCCAAAAAUAUAUAGAUGGGCCAUUAUUAUAGAUAUGUUUAACUUAAUAACAAUGUGUUUGUUUGUAACAGGGCCAUUGGAGACAAAGAUUGGUAAAGGACAUGUGUCCAUGAAUCUUACUCUCAGAAAGUAAGCAACUAGAAAGUUUCAUUGAAAAAAUGUUCAUAACAUUCUGCUUUAAAACUUGAGUAAUCUUUAAACUUUAUUGGUUGGUUAUUUAACGAUAGUUAAACCACUGUUUAACAAAACUGCAUCCCAAAAACAAUCCCCAGUUUAGUUGGACCUCUUAUCGGAACAUUUAUGUUUGUGAACAGUGUCAAGAAGCUCUAAAACUAACAAUGGAAAGAGAUUUAUUAGAUUAAACCAAACCUCUUACAAAGAAAGCCUGAGGUCCACUGAUUGUGUAAAACCAUGGUUUGGGUUAGGCCUUGUGUAAAUAACUGGCUUUUAUGACUAAUAUGUCAUUCUGCACUAUUGAGUGGAGUUUUGAAAAAAGGAUUCUACUUUCAUUCAUGGAGAAAUUCCAAAAAAAAUUUAAUAGCUGAACAAUCACAUUAGAAGAGGAGUCAACAGUUUUACAACAUUUUUUGGCAUCAACUAAUUGCUGACUGUUGUUUUUGUAUUUGUAUAUUGUAGAGACAUGUUUGAUGUAAUGACCAAUCUUUUUACUUUACCCAGAACAUUCAGCCUGUAUGCCAAUGUUCGACCAUGCAGAUCUAUAGAGGGUUAUCCUACAGCAUAUGAUGAUGUUGAUCUAGUCACCAUUAGAGAAAAUACAGAGGGAGAAUAUAGUGGUAUAGAACAUGUGGUAAGUUGGAGGAGCUUAACUCUUAAACCCCUAAGAGUGACUAAUGUCCAAUUUCUCCUCACAAUACUGCCCCUGAAUCAAACAUUGAGGUCACAAGAAUAGAGGAAAUGAUCACCAGUAAAAGAAGAUCUUGAUUGUUAAACAAAUUCUCCUUGUCAGUGCCCUAGAAAAUGGAAGCAAGGAAAAAGUGAAGAAGUUUUGGUGUUCCUAAAGUUCCAGUUACAAGCAUUCAAUUUUGAAUACCUGAUAACUCAAACUUUCCACUAACGUAGAUAACUUUUUUCCUUUCCCAUAUGUUGUAAUACUUUUUUUAUUAUGAAAAAUUAUGAAGUGGAUGAUUAAAAAGUGGAUUUCUUUUAAUUUAUAGGUUGUUGAUGGUGUAGUACAGAGUAUCAAGCUGAUCACAAGAGAGGCUUCCCAAAGAGUUGCAGACUUUGCAUUCCAAUAUGCAAAAGCAAAUAACAGACACACUGUGACUGCUGUACAUAAGGCAAAUAUCAUGUAAGUUCAAGAAAGAGCUGCAAAGAUUACUGGUACUAUUGAUUGUUUGUGUGGAGUAAAUCUGAGUAAAAUAUUCAUUCAAAAGAAGUCUUGCCUCAGGCAAAAUGUUCUUUCCCAUAUGGACCCCUCACCCAGUAAAUAACAUCUUUAUAUUCUUAGAAUGAAGAGCAGCUAAGUCCAUCCAGAUUUAGCCAACUAAUUUGUUUUAGUACAUGGAGAAGUCUUGGAUCUUUGACGGGUGAUGAUUAUUUAUUUGCAUGAUCUGUCCAGAUUACCUAAUUGGUUAUAUGUGAAUAAGUAGUGAGCAGGGAUAAUAAAAUGAAAGUGGUUAGUGCUGUUAGUGAGGAACAGAAAACAUAUUGAUGGAAAAUUUUAGCUCAGUUUUCAUUUGAAAUUUUAUUGUGUUCCACAACCAUUUUUUCACAUUUGGAAAAGUCUGUUGGUUAAAUCUUGCAAAGGGCUAAGGAAGGGUCAUGAAUAAGUCAGGGGGAAGGGAGGUGGAAGCUCUCUGCUAUGUUUUAGGUUAAAUGUGAUACUGACGCGCUAACCUUUUAUACUCUGCUCUCCUAUGUAAUUUCUUUUAUGCUGAAAAACCAUUUAUUAACCCUCUGGCCCCUGAGAAUGACCAGCAUCUAAUUUCUUGUAACACUAUUACCCCUGAAUCACACUUUAAGGUCAUGAGAAUAAAGGAAAUUAUCACCAACUAUAGAAAAGAUAAAGCCCGACAUCAUUGCAAGAACACCCUAGUUGAGAUACAGCCCCUCGACAGACACCCUCUACUGUUGUUACUGUUUAUUAUUCAUCACCCAUGAUUGUUCUUUCCAUACUCGUGAUUGGGGAUUGGUCCAAUAUUUCUAAACUAGUGAAGAAGCAUGUCUGAGAAAAAAGUGCUCAUCACACUGCAGUAGCUCGUGGGGAAGCAUUUCUGCACACACAGCGAGGUGGUGCACCAAACAUCUGUCAACAGCUUCACUCUCCAAAGGAAUAGAAUUAUUCUCAAGUGUAUAACAGAGGUCCUAGUUAUGAUGAGGAAGCAAAACAUAGCUAUCAGAGGUCACCAAGACGAAGAUAGCAAUUUCAUGGUGAUGCUGUCUCAAUAGAAAUUCUUGAUUGUUAAACAAAUUCUCUUUGUCAGCACCUUAGGAAAUGUUUAAAGAACAGUACGGAGAAUAUGCAUACUGAUGCUAGGGUGUAAAGGGUUAAAGUUGUAUCCUUUUUCAUGCAGGCGACGUUCUGAUGGUCUUUUUCUGCAAUGCUGUCGAGAGGCUGCUGAGAAAAAUAAAGAUAUCAGAUACAAUGAGAUGUAUCUAGACACCACUUGUCUCAACGUAAGUUUGAAAAUAUAAGCAAACCAAAGGGAGCGAUUUAAAUGAUGAUGAUGAAAGUGAAAUAACUGAAAACUUCUCCAGCCAAUUGAAAUUAAAUGGUUAAGGUGUUGUAUGAGUGGUUUAUUUGGUUAAAGGUUGUUGGUUGCUUUUUCUGUUCCAGAUUGUUUCAGAUCCAUCAAGUUUUGAUGUGAUGGUAAUGCCCAACUUAUAUGGAGACAUUUUAAGGUGAAACAUUAAUAAGAACAACAAGCUAUUUAAUUAAAUGAUGUGGUUCACCAUGGGAACACUUAGAUACACAGAACCUAGAAGACAGCCAAAUUUAAAGCUGAUCUGCUAUCCAAAGCAUUCUUCAAAUCCUCAAAUCUGCUCAUUUGUUUUGAAAAAUCUGGAAUUUUUGAGGUUUAGAAGGGUACAUCUGUUAAUUGGCAAAACUUUAAUUUUUUUAAAAAUCACACAUAUGGUUCAGAAUUGUAUGCAGUUAAUCAAGAUGCACUAGCUGACCUUGUGUCUUCUUUUUUUGCUGAAGUAUCCAAUGCUACAAUCAGUCGGCAAAAACUCUACCUUAAAACUUGUCUGAAUAGAGUUGGAUUUUAUGUUUAGUGGUUAACUGUGGCAUGUGUCCUUAUUUUAAGUGAUUUGUGUGCUGGCUUGAUUGGUGGCCUAGGUGUAACACCUAGCGGGAACAUUGGCGCUGAUGGAGUGGCCAUAUUUGAAUCAGUAAGUACUUGAAGACUGUAUAAUAAUGAUUAUAAAUAAACCUGUAACUUUGAUUUGUGUGAUCCAAAGCAAUAAUUUAUUUGAUAAGCCUUGGAAUCAUCUUUUUUAUCAAUGUGAACUUUGACUUUCUUUAAUGAUGUUCACAGAAGACAAUGGGGUCAGUUCUAGCGGUCAUGCAUACCACAAUAAAAAAACUUAGUGUUUUGAGUAUCACACUUGUGUUUAUUUCAAUUCUUGUCUUUCAACUGUCGGCACUGGUCAAUGCUCUUAUGCCUUGUUGGGGAGGGUAGGAGUUUGGUUGUUCAGCUAUUUCCACUAAUUGGGAAAAAACUUGUUAUGUAUGCAUUAAACAAGCUAUUGUAAAGGUAUGAUUGUAGACCAACUCGAGAAAUAAAUUGACGUGGUGUAGCAUGGGAUUUUAUUUUUAAUGCAAUUUCUCUCAUAUGCUCUAGAUUUGAGACAACCUUUUACCCUUCUUUUUUUUUUUUUUUUUCUUCGGAGAGUACAUUGUAUGGUGGAGAUCUUAAAUUGCCUAAAUGAUUUACAGCAUGUUAUAUGUGAGUAAUUUGCCAAUAUUGUCUCUUGCAGGUUCAUGGUACAGCUCCUGAUAUCGCAGGUCAGGACAAAGCAAACCCCACAGCACUCCUCCUCAGUGCUGUGAUGAUGCUUAGACACAUGAAAUUACACUCACAUGCAGACGAUGUGGAGAGAGCUGUGCUUGCAACUAUCAGGGAUGGAAAUGUAAGGAUGUCUUAGAAUUUGGCCCUCGUUAUCUAAACAUAAUAAGAAUGGCAUUUCUCUUUUCAGUGUUGAGCAUAGAAUUGUUUACUGUAGACUACUGCUCGUAGUCUGUUGGUUGUUAAACAAAUUCUCCUUGUCAGCACCGUAGGAAAUGUGUAGAGAACAGUAUGGAGAAUAUGCAUACUGAUGUUAGGGUAUGACCAGUUAAGGGAAUCGUGGAAGUUGUUCUGUUGGGUGGUGGAAUGUCUUUGAUCUCAGUGGAAUAUGAAACAACAAUUUUUUUAUCUGGGCAACUGCCCACCUUAACAUGUUGUCAAUUUACUGUUGUUGAGUUAGGGGAGGGGUAGGUGGGCAGUUGCCCAGAUACUGAUAUUGAUCCAUUUUUUUAACCACCCGUCCACAUUGUCCCAAGGCAAAGGGCAGUCAUGUUGUUAAUAGAAGUUGGAUGUGUGUCAUUGAUUUGCGGUCGCUACACAAGAAGACUGCAUGGCUAAUUUGUUCAAUGUUAUUGGGAUGUUACCUGAUACAACACCAAAUUCUUCAUAUGCAUGGAAACUGAAAAUGAAGUGUGAUGAUCAGCUAGGAAGAGAGUCAAUUUAUGUUUGUGUAUCAACAGGCACUGACAGGAGAUUUGGGUGGAAGAAGCACUUGCUCUGAAUUCACCAAGGAGAUCUGCCGCCAUCUUGAGUAGUGUAGUUCUCAAAUGUUUAGUUCUUCCAGCUGGUUUUGGAAUUCUUUUCAGUAACUGAUCAUUGUGGUUGUGCCAUUUUGGCAGAAGGUUGGAGAAGAUAUCAAAUUUAUAGGUCGAUGGUGCAGCUGAAAAAGUGAUUUCUAAUUAUUUUUCUUGCACAGUAUGGUCAAUGUUUUAACGCUCUUCCGUUCACUUAGCUUUCUCUGCUUCCUCAAAACUGUAGAAUUUUUUUCCGAGAAUUAUCCUUAAAACCGUGGCUAUUCGAUUUUUUGUUGUUUCAGUCUCUGUUUGGGGUUGAUGAUUGAUUAAGAGGAUUUUUCUGAAGUAAUUCUCGGAAAACGAUAUCUGUGAUCUUCUUGAAGAAGGCUUUGGACAGCCCAAAUUCCUUUGAUAGGUAAAAGUGUGAUGUACAUUUUGGAAACGAGAAUAUUUGGCCGUUGAAUACAUCUUAAGCUCGUUACCUUUAUGGAAAUGAUUGCUGUAACAGAUUAUAAAAAGUUGUAUAUGAAAUUAAAGCAAUUCAGUAAAAAUAAAUACAUUGC